GUUCUCUCAAAGUUCUCUAUCGUCUGUACCACGGUCCUAGGCACUACACCACGUCGCAUUAGUGAACGAUGUCAGGGCCGUCUCCAGUCUUCAAGAUUGCACCUACCGUGCAACGAUAUGACUGGGGUAAAAUAGGUCGAUCGUCCAAGGUCGCCCACUUCGCGGAAACGUCCAAGCUACCAGGCUUCGCGGUAGACGAGAAAUCACCCUACGCAGAGCUGUGGAUGGGCACUCAUACGAAAUCGCCUUCUCUCGUAGCGUUCACGAACACGACUCUCUCCUCGCACCUAGCCGCAAAUCCUUCCUUCCUGGGUAAAGACGUCAUAAAGAAAUUCGAUGCCACCGAUGGAAAUCUCCCAUUUCUUUUCAAGGUUCUUGCUAUCGAAAAGGCUUUGAGUAUACAGUCUCACCCGGACAAGAAGACGGCAGAGAAGUUACACGCUGAGCAGCCCGACAUCUACAAAGAUGCCAAUCAUAAACCCGAGAUGGCUCUCGCCCUCACUCCCUUCAGCGCCCUCUGCGGUUUCAUGCCAUUCCCCGAAAUCACAGCCUUCCUGACAUCCACGCCUGAAUUUGCCGCCCUCGUUCCUCCUGCAAUCUCGCAGAAAUUUAUCACCCUAUCCCCCCCACCCUCGUCCUCACCCUCAUUCUCACCAAAUACCCCAGAACAGAAGGUCGCUCUGAAGAACCUUUUUACCGCGUUAAUGACUGCCAAUCCCGAUCUACUAUCGAAGCAGGUUGAUCUGUUGGUGUCGCGAUUCAAGGCUGGCAACGAGCUUGAGUCAGAGAGGAAGGUGAAGGAUCUGGUCUUAAGGCUGGACGAGCAGUUUCCCGGGGAUAUUGGGAUCUUCUGUGCGUUCGUGCUGAAUUAUGUUGAGCUCGAACCCGGGGAAGCGAUAUAUCUUGGUGCCGGAGAGCCGCAUGCCUAUGUCUCCGGAGAUAUCAUCGAAUGCAUGGCCAAUUCCGACAACGUCAUUCGCGCAGGUCUCACUCCCAAACUGCGCGACAUCCCUAACCUCAUCUCGACUCUUACCUACAACUCCGCUCCUCCCUCUGCUCAACGUCUGCAAACCUCCUCGUUCCCUGCUGAAACCUCCGCCGCGUCCUUCACAAUUCUAUACGACCCUCCUAUUCCAGAGUUCUCCGUUCUUCGCGUGGUCAUACCGCAAGGUAAGAGCGAGGAUCAUCCUGGCGUGUCUGGACCCAGUCUGGCAAUCAUCACAGCGGGGGGCGGAAAGAUAAGGUGGUAUAAUGGAGAAUUAGAAGUCGGUGAGGGAGAGGUAAUAUUCAUAGCCGCAGGAACUGAAGCCCAGUGGGAACCUGGAACAGAGGAGGGCUUGGUUGUCUACAGGGCAUUCGUCGAGGCAUAAACCUCAGGUCAGUAUCGGACAAAGUUCGAACAACAGGGAACAGAAUCAACGCGGAAGUGAAGAAUGACACAAUAGACGUGUACUUUUCUUGUAUGAGACAAAAAAAAGGCCAUAGUU